CUGCCAACAGGAUAUAUCUUACAACACGGCCUUUCUUUUCAUUCCCCUUAGACUUUUAAGAAUGGCUUCUACUAACAUUAUGUCUCCAACACCUUCCACCACCACGCCUACCUGGCACCGGUUCGAAAGGAAGGUGGAGGAGGUGAAGUCAUCCAAAAGUGAUAUCAAUUUCCUGAUUAUGGACUAUCUCGUUACAAAUGGAUAUCCCUUAGCGGCAAAGAAAUUUGCGGUCGAGGCCAAUAUCCAACCUCAAGCAGACAUAGAAUCUAUGCAGGAGCGAGUAGAUAUUCGGAAUGCUAUCUAUUCCGGGGACAUACAGUCGGCAAUCGAGAAGAUCAAUGAACUUAACCCUCAGAUUUUAGACUGUAAUUCUUCGCUUCACUUCGCACUCCUUCAGUUGCAACUGAUCGAGCUGAUACGGACUUGUACAUCGACUCCUAAUGGUGACAUCUCCCUCGCACUUGACUUCGCAACAUCGCAACUAGCCCCGCGGGCCCCGACCAAUCCUCAAUUUCUUGAGGACCUAGAGAAGACAUUGUCCCUACUAAUUUUCCCAGCUGAAAGCCUCUCUCCAUCAUUGGCUGCAUUGCUGGAUCCAGAGCUACGAAAAACAAUUGCAAAUCGUGUUAAUGAGGCUAUCUUGCACAAUCAAGGUGCCAAACGUGAAGCUAGGCUUCGAAACUUGGUGAAGCUACGAGCCUGGGCAGAACAAAAGGCCCGCCAAAUGAAAAAGGAUGUUCCCGAUAAACUUGAUAUCGGACUCGACGGAGAUACCCGGAAAGCCAAUAAUGCUUCAGAUGCUUCUCAGCAUAAUGGAGAUGAUGUCGUCAUGCAAGAACAGGCGGAUGUGGAUCCUAUGAUUUCAUGA